AUGAUGGACCCACUCACGGCUCUCAGUACUGCCUCUGCAGUGGUCCAGCUGGUUGACUUUGGCAUGAAAGUACUGGACGAGACCCGCCAGAUUUAUGGGGAGGGGCAAGUGAUAACACUCGAGGAAUUGAAGGGACUUACACAUGAUCUAGUCCAUGUGAAUCAAAUGCUGGUAUAUCAAUCACAGCCCAAGGGUUUGAUAGCGGACCCUCUAACCGAUGCAGAGAAGGCAUUGGAGAAACUAGCUGUAGAUUGCAGUAAUGUGGCGACUGAGUUAAUCACUUGUCUCGAGUCCUUGGCCUCGAAACCUGGCAUGGGAUACUGGGAAAGCUUCCUGCAAGCAAUUCGGAGCCGAUGGAACCACGACAAGAUCAAGGAAAUGCGGAAACGCAUCAAAUCCUUCCAAGACCAGAUUGCCGUGCGUGUUCUGGCUGUUAUAAAUACCAGAACAAUUGCCCAAGGAGAGAGACAAGAGCAACGUUUUGAUCGACUGGAGCAAGCGCACGGGGAUGUGGUCGAUAUCGUAGCCAUCAAUCGCAAGCUGUUGCAAUCAACCAUAGGCAACAAUACAGCCGAGCUGUCUCACUCAAUCUCUCAGAAUGAACAAAAAGCCAAAGUCCGACACGAAGAGAUCAUAUCAGCAAUCCUCAAACUCCGAGAUGGAAGUUCGAAGGUCAUUACUGGGAAUCAAACUAAUGUGACCCCUGACCUCCACACGCAAGAAACCAUAAUGACUCUCCAAAGGCCAAUUUUCGAGCAUGUGGACUUUCAUGUACAAAACUUUCAGGUGGUUCAAUCGAAGAUUCUCGACUGCCUUCACUUCAGACAGAUUGAUCACCGGUAUGAUACUGUGAACAAUGCUCACCGGAACACGUAUGAGUGGAUCUACCACGACCCGGACGUGGAGAACAAGCCGUGGAGUAACUUUUCUCAAUGGCUCGAACAAGGACAUGGCUGUUACUGGGUAAAUGGAAAAGCAGGGUCUGGCAAGUCAACUCUCAUGAAGUUCAUUUACAACCAUCCAAAGACGGCGAAAUCUCUUUCGGGUUGGGCCGGUAAGAAUGAGCUAGUCAUCUCAUCAUUUUUCCUCAGUAAUUUGGGAAAGUCGCUACAAAAAUCUCCUGCUGGUCUCAUACGAUCCCUUCUCUAUGAUGCUCUCAGAAGACAUCCUCAUCUGAUUCCGCAAGUGGUUCCCGAGUUGUGCAGAGAGGCGGCAGGAAUUCAACCCAUAAGCAAGCCGAACGAGGCGGUGUUCAGAAUCCAUGAGCCACCUGUCAAGCUUGAAGAGCCAAGUUUCAGUGAACUUACAAAAGCAUUUCAGAAUCUUAUUCGAGGCUGCAGUGAGAACCUACGUUUCUGUUUCUUCAUUGAUGGUGUGGAUGAAUGCGAGGGUGAUUAUUCGGAGCUUCUCGAGUUGAUAGCAUUUGCAUCCCACUCACCGCAUAUUAAGAUCCUCGUAUCCAGUCGCCCUAUAACUCCCUGUGUUGCGGCCUUCUCCGAGUUUCCAAGUCUGCGAUUGCAAGACCUCACACACGAUGAUAUUAUGGUCUUUGUUCAAGACAAAGUAAAGGAUCAACUCGAGCGCCGAGUCGGAGAUCGCGCCGAUGCAUUGAUUUUGGAAAUCGUGGACCGCGCGUCUGGUGUGUUCCUAUGGAUCAUCCUUGUCGUAAAAUCUAUCAUUCUCGGCGUCCAGAGCAUGGAUAGAUAUGAGGAUCUGCAGCGGCGGGUGGAUGAGCUCCCAGAAGACUUGAUGGACUUAUACUCACACAUGCUGCGAAAUAUUGGGCCGCUCUACGCACAGCAAGCUUCGCAAAUAUUCCAGUUAAUUUUGAACAGCGUGGGAGUGGUAAACGGUGAAGAAAUCACGACUCUACAGUUGUCGUUUGCAGAUCAGAAGCCUGUAGAUGCAAAGACCACACCUAUUCGAGAGAUAUCCUCUUCAGAGGAGACCAGGAGGACUGAAGAGAUGGAUGGCCGUAUUCGGAGUCGUUGUUGCGGGCUCCUGGAGAUCAGAGAUCGAAAGUACUCCGGAGGCAGACUCAUGUCUAUCCGGCGGCCUACUGUUGCGUUCCUGCAUCGUACUGUCUUCGAGUUUCUCACUGAGCAGAUAGAAUCAAAGGAUUGGCUGAAUCUAGCAACAUCAAAGUCAGACUUUGAUCCUCAGCUCUCGCUGGCUUCUUCAUGUCUUUUGCUGGCAAAAUCCCUCCCCCAGCAGUGGAUGGUGGACCGUGACUCUCUACCUUCGCAGUGUAUGCAAAAUUGCCUCUACCACUGCUCCAUGAUAGAUCGCGAAACCGGUCUAACAACAGAGCUGUUGGAUGAGCUCAAUCGCACAGUGUCUUAUCAGUUCGCGAAAGUAUGGAGCCCAGGAAGCGAUUCAGGGGAACAAAAGUUCUACACUGCUGCUUCUCCCUUCGGCGAAGCCUUAACAGUCUGUGACCGUCCCAAUUCGUUCCUACCCUUGUCAGUGACAUGGGGCCUAUCGUUUUAUCUACAAGAUAAGCUAGACUUCGGUGACUAUGAUGAAGUACAGCUUGAAGGACUUCUCCAUCUUGCUGUCACCAGCUUCAUUCUUGCAUGCCCUGGUCCCGACACUUCUUCCUCUGUGUACGCAGCGUCGGAAUCCUUGCGAGUGAUGAGAUACGCGAAAAUUAUUUCUCUGCUGCUAGACUACGGAGUAAGUCCAAACUGUCGAGCAAAGGGUCCAAAUGAAAACAGUGCCUGGGAAUCGCUUUUAGAUUCUCUGCACAGCCAAUUAUUGUACGAUGGAGAAUUUUUGGAAACUUUCAAUGAUGAAAGAGGCUAUUCACGAACAUUGCUCAAUCUGGUUGUUGUCAUGAUCAUGUCUGCAGCAGAUCCCAACGCGAGCAUCAUUUGGAGAUCAAAAAGUUACCGUGGUGUUGAAAAACCAGUCCAAUUCCGGAGAUCAGCGCUACGGAUCAUUGAGCUUCUCCCAUCCGGCGAGGUGGCUGAUUUCACCCACCACAAGACCCAGCCUGCAGCCUCUUUGCACUGUCAACAGAUUGCGCAGUACCGCACACGACUUAUUAGCAUGCUCCAGGAGAAACAUGCUGUCUCGAAAGAGUGGAGAGGUUCGGCAUCGCCAGAUGAGGUCAACAAAAAACCAUUAAACUCAGGAAGCCCCAAAGUAACCGAAUCCAAAGCUGGUGAGGAGAAAAGCCGUCGGCCAUGGAAGCAAAUUUCGCGAGCUUUCCGGAGAACGAAAGCAUAG